AUGUUUGCUCAUGAAAAGAACAAGAAAAAGAUAUACAGGGAAGAGGGUGAAAAUAUGCUUGUCAUGCAGGACGAAACAACCCUGGACCGAGCUGGGCAAGGACCUUCAUCUUCCAAUAUUCACCUCGCUUCGACGGCCAUUACCUCCAUUACCUCCACCAACACCUCCAAAACUGGCACUGCUUCUAACAAUUCCGCCAUUGCCACCGCCAAAUCCGCCGUCGCCACCGCCAAAACCUCCAUUACCUGCGACAAAGCCGCUAUUUCCACUGCCAAACCCGCCAUUACCGGCACCAAAACCGCCAUUUCCGCCUCCAACACCACUAGAUGCUGCGCCAAAACCGCCAUUUCCACCGCCGAAGCCACCAUUACCUGCGCUGUAACUGCCAGCGCCACCAUUUACACCUCCAAAUCCUCCACCAGCUCCACCUCCAACACUUCCUCCUACACCAUGAGCUCCUCCAAAUCCAUUUCCGCCGCUAACUACAGCGCCUCCAUUUCCACCAAAUCCGUGGCCGCCAUUGAAUCCAGCGCCUCCAUUUUCCCCGAAUCCACCAACGACUGCACCAGCUCCGCCUCCGAAUCCUCCGUUUCCGCCGCUGAAUCCACCUCCGAUUUGCAAUAUAGGCGAUAUGCUGCACAUCCGUAUAGUAUACUAUUAACAAAUGCCUGGUAA